AUGGAACAAAGUGUAUGGAAGCGUGAGAAGAGUGAUGGCCAUGAAGACUAUGGUCUCCUUGUUAGUGAGCCAGCCAGGAAAUAUGCCAUAGUCAAAGAGCUUGACAGCCCUGUUACUUUGAAGGAUGGGGCAGUUGUCCUGCAGUUUGAAGUGAGGCUUCAGAAUGGCCUCAAGUGUGGAGGUCCGUUCGCCGCUCCCGCUCCAGCAAAUUUAGUUGAUUCUCUGAUGGAGCGCUAA